CCAUCAGGGCCAUUUCAUUCCCCACAUUAAUGCUUCCGCUCCGAUGGUCCUAAAUGUGGUAUCAGACCUCCGGGUUGGAAGUAUAUAAAGGCUGCAACCGCCAGAACUUUUGGGAGACUCUAGAAAUUGCCAUGUCUGAAAUCACUCCAACGACCAAGUCCGACGCCAAGGCCGUUCAAACGACAGAAAUUUACGUUGAAGAAGCUCCGAGAUUUAAAUGGAGAGUAGUUGAUACCCAUUCUCCUAAAGAGAUCUAUAACUGGAGAUUAUACCUUUGUAUUGCCGUAUUUGGUUUAUGCGGUAGUAUGAGAGGGUUGGAUGAAGGUAAUACUGCUUCCACCACAUUACCUUCAUUCCAAGCCAAAUUCGGUUUGGAUGACCCCUCUUUAUCAGAACAUGCCUAUGCUGCGUUGGUAUCAAAUAUCAAAUCCAUGGUGCAGUUGGGCUCGAUUUUGGGUUCGAUGAUUUCCAGUUACUCGGUCGACAAAUUGGGCCGGGUCAAAUCUCUUCAGCUUGUGUGUUUUUUCAUGAUAAUUGCUACCAUUAUUCAGAUGACGUCCAAGAACGUUGGUCAGUUAUACGCCGGGAGAUUCUUGGAAGGUGCUCUUGCGGUGGGGUUGACGGUGGCUAUUGGUCCUUCUUAUAUGUCUGAAGUGACUCCCAAAGCCAUCAGAGGAAUGGCUGGGUGUAUGUUUGCUGGAGCCGUUUACCUUGGAAUCAUGCUCAGUUACUUUGCUAUCUACGGCUGUGUAUUGAAUCUUCCAGACGACAGUAACCUUCAGUGGAUCACUCCAUUGUGUGUGAAGAUCAUUAUUCCUGGUCUCAUUUUGAUUGGGUCCUUCUUCGCGAUUGAGUCACCUAGAUGGUUGAUCAAAGUGGGAAGAAAUGAAGAGGGCUUAAAGGCUUUGGCUCGUUUAAGAAACUUGUCUGAAAGCCACCCAUUUGUCAUUGGUGAAAUCACAGAUAUUACCGAGUCCGUGCAACAGGAGUUGGAAGCGAAACGUAAUAAUAACUUUUUUGGGUUGUUUGCACAAUUGGUGAGAGUCAAAUCGUUAAGGUACCGGUUUUUCGGUUUGGGAUGUAUGGUACAGCUUUUAGGACAAUGGUCUGGUGCCAACUCCAUCACUAUCUAUGCUUCAGAAUUAUUUGAAUUCAGUGGUAUCAAGGGUAAUGAUCAGUUGAAGAUGACGGCAAUUUUGGGGGUGGUCAAGUUCUGUUCCGCUUAUAUUGGAGCAUUUUUUAUCAUUGACUUCUUAGGAAGAAGAAAAGCCAUGUACAUGGGUAUUACCAUUCAGUUACUUGCUGUGUUAUACUUUGCAUUGUUUUUGCUUAUUGUACCUGAUGCUGCCCAUGAAGAUACGGUAUUAACUACUGCUCAGUAUCGGGCUUCACAGGGGGCCAUGGCUGCUUUGUACAUGGGAGGAGUUGGCUGGACCAUAGGAUUCAAUUCUUUACAGUACUUGAUUGGAUCCGAGAUCUUCCCCUUGAGUACUAGAACCUUUGCUCAGUCUUUAAUCAUGGUAUUACAUUUUGCCAAUCAAUAUGGUAACUCAAAAGCAGUUGCGAAAAUGUUGUUGACUUUGCAGCCAUAUGGAACUUUUUUCUUUUUUGUGGCCAUUAACGCCAUCUCUUUGAUAUGGGCAUGGUUCUUCAUUCCUGAGAUUAGUGGAAGGUCCUUGGAAAGUAUGGAAGAAUUGUUCAGCUUACCUUGGUACGUGAUUGGAAGAAGAGGUGCCAAGUUGUGCCCUGACCACUCUGAGAUUAAUAAGAUGGACUACUCUCGAGGAACCUUGAGGUACCUUGAUGACGAAAAGCCCAGUGAGGAGUUCAUCGAAAACGAUGACCACCGUGAAUCCGAAGAAAAAGAUAGGGAUGAGGAUUAGUUUAUAAGUUUAAGAUUAUGUUAUUUCUAUUAUUUGCAACUGUUAGGUAUAGAUUAAUUACUGUCGAAUUCCAAUUCGUUAUCAAGAAUCUUUUCAGAUUCCUUUUCAGAUUCCUUGUCACCAGUGUUGUCCUUAUUGGUAAUCACGGGAGGAACGUCUUCGGGGUUAGAAGAGUUGUAGAGGUAGAUACCAUUGUCCAACGCGUGUUUGCGUUCUUCCCGCUUGUAGAACCAAAGCACCACAAACGUCCACAAACACAAGGCACCCCCAGAACAGGCAGUGAAAGUGAAACCCUUGAAAUAACGAGGAGCCUCGACCGUUUUCCACACAAUCACCGCCAUGAAAGCGGUGGUGGUUUGGGCAAACGCAUUCAUAAGAACCAAGAUAGUCGACCGCUUUUGUUGAUCACGACGGCAAAUAUCGUUUUGCCACGAGUACAACACCGGAGCCAUAGCCCAACCAAAGUACUGUAAACACCAAGCAAACCAUUUGGCUUUUUCUGGCACGUCCCAUGCGGCCAAAAUGGCAUUUCCAGUGAUAUUAAAUACCUGCGAAAAGAGAAUGGCUCCCCAUCUCAGGUGAAAGAAAUCGGCAAACGAACACACGAUGGUCAACCACACGAUUCCCAAUCCUGGAGUCAAGGCUGUACGAUCCUGUAAAGCACCGCCAGUAAAACGAGCGGCGGGGGUUCCGUCAGCAUUCUUUUCAGUAGAAGAUAACAAAGACUUCAACCACAAAACAUAAGCACCCGAAGAACCAUUAGAGUUGUUCCAGCAGAAAAUGUUCCACCACGACAACACAUAUAUUUCCCAAGAGGUGAAGAUGGACUUCCACAAUUUGAAGUCCAAAACCUUUUUGAACGAAUAGUCAUCUUCUUUGCUGCCAAUGUUGUUACGUUCCAAACGACGACGAGCAAGUCUGAUUUCGUCAUCUGUCAACCAGAUGGAGUAGCAACUCUUUGGGGUACCGGGAAUACUGUAAAUACCAAUGAAACCAACUCCCAACG